AGAAGGCAGUCCAGUCAGUCCUCAUGUGAUCAAAAUGAUUGGUUACAUUGAAAGCCUGGAAAAACUUGGUUUUCCCCUUAGCCCUGAGUUGGCUACGGAUGUAAUUCUCCAGUCGCUCCCUGCGAGCUUCGAGCCGUUCAUUUUGAACUUUCAUAUGAACAGCAUGGAGAAAAGCAUGGCUGAAUUGCAUGGGAUGCUAAAAACUGCUGAGGAAAGCAUUAAGAAGAGCUCUAGUCAUGUGAUGAUGGUUCAAAAGGAUAGCAAGAAGAGAAAGCGCAAGGACAAGGCUAAAACUUCGGAUGAGAUCUCGAGUUCUAAGCCUAAACCUGUUGGAAAGCCCAAGGCUGGCCCUGCCGCUUCUGACACUUGCCACCACUGCCAUAAGACUAGUCAUUGGCGGAGGAACUGCAAAUUGUACUUGGAAGAACUCAAAAAGAAGAAGGGAAGUAAGACUUCAUCUUCAGGGACUGAAAAGGACUAGGAAGUGUGCAAGAGGCGAACUGGAUGCUCGCGUCGGCAAUGGUGCAAAAGUUGCUGCGUUGGCCGUUGGCGUUUACUCCUUAUCGCUACCCUCA